AUGAAUCGACACGCGCAUAGCGGCCACGGCAGCGGCGGCGGCGAUGGCGAUGGUGAUAGUCACUGGCCCCAAGGACGCCACUGGGCGUGCCCUUUCUACUUAUCCAACCCGAUCCGCCAUGCGGCUUGCGUGGCCUACAAGCUGGGACGCGUGCCCGACGUCAGACAGCACAUCGAGCGGAAGCACGUUGAUGAAGUGGGGAAGAAGGAGAUGGAAAAGAUGAAGGGAAAGAACGAUAGGGGAAAGACGAACGUGGAGCGGUGGUACGCUCUGUGGACUCUCUUCUUCCCGGGCCUGGUUCAGCCGGCAUCGCCGUAUUCUACCGGGACCGAGAUUGCCGACGUCGCUGUUGCUUUCGUGUCGCGUUUCAUGGAGGGCUGGGAGAUGGAUGGUAGACCGAGGGAUGGCAAGACGGCGUUGACGGAGUGUGUGGCCUUCGUCAAGUACACGUCUCGGGAGAUGAAGUCAGGGCGCAUGUCGUUUCAACCUCAAGCUGUUGCCAACGUCAGCGAGCGCCAACCCCAAGAUACUGUGAUCCAAAACAGCAACACCCAGGACAACGUCACUCACCAAGGUCUCGCACUGUUGCCCAACCAGCUUGACCCAAUGAUCAUGAGUCAGCCUCAACGAUCCGGUCCACGAGGCUUCUUUCCCGGGUAUUACGACCCCCAAGAGCCGAUUGUCCCAACCCAGGCGCAAGCCCCAUCGUUAUCCGUCACCAAUAAUCAAUACUGGCCUCGCCUCACCGGCCCUGCAGCAUACCCAGCUGUGCCUACUCAUCACCUUCCCCCAGUCCAGUCAUUUUAUGCCGCAGCCGCCAACGGACUUGUUGACUAUGCGAUCGACCCGUCCAAUCUUUCGAACGCUAUGGGCUGGGCCUCGGCGGGUGGUUUUGACGGCGGCGAUGACGAAUUCCAAUUCGGAGGCGAGGACUAG